ACUUUAAAUUACAAUGUCGUCAUUUCCGGUAUCAUGGCCACCAAAACAGUGGCAGGACUUUGUCAGCUCGGUCCAAAACUGGGUUUCAUGGAUCCGCGGUGUCUUUGAGGCGCCAGCUACUAUGGUGCGGCACUUCGCACCAAUUUGUGCGUUUGCGUUAAAAUAUGGCAUUUGAAUCCAUGUUCGUCAGCAGUUGGUAGUUAGCUGUAAACUUGGCUUGCAGGAAAGCACUAUGCAAAGAUCACUUUAGCAAAAAAAAAAAAGUUUCUGCAAAGGGCAACUAAUGGAGCAUACACUACUUAUUAUAAACCUGAUAGUAUUUAACUCCGAUUAUUACUGAUAUUACUCAUGGCUUGUAGUUCUGGCUCCAAUACAAAAAUGUCCAAUCCAAAUGUCAGCACACCGGCGAUGGCGGUGACACCAGACGCCGUGGAUCAGAAGACAAGCCCGGUGGUAUUUGAGAUUUACGGAAAGAUCUGGAGCGUGCAGGCUCGUCUGGGGCAGGGCGUCUCGGCCUCGGUGUACCGGGUGAACUCCGGCCGGGCGAGUUCUGCAGUGAAGGAGUUUCAGGUGGACGCACAGGGUGGAGAUUACGGGUACCUCAAGGAAAGCUCUGUGCUGGAGAAGAUUCAGGGACAUAAAAAUAUAGUGACGCUGUAUGGAAUGUUCACCAAUCACAACCCAUUUGGUGUGGCCACUCAUUGCCUUUUGUUGGAGCUUUUGGAUGUGAGUGUGUCAGAAUUGCUGGUCAGAGUGAGUAAUCAGGGGCAUUCCAUGUGGUUGAUUCAGCACUGUGCCCGUGAUGUUUUGGAGGCCCUUAGCUUCCUGCACAGGGGAGGUUACGUACAUGCUGACCUCAAGCCCCGCAACAUUCUCUGGAGCGCUGAUGACGAGUGCUUUAAGCUCAUUGACUUCGGCCUUAGCUUUAAAGAGGGACACCAGGAUGUGAAGUACAUCCAGACAGAUGGUUACCGGGCACCUGAAGCCGAGCUGCAGAACUCACUGGCCCAGGCAGGUCUAGAGAGUGACUCUGGCUGCACAACUGCUGUGGACCUGUGGAGUCUGGGAAUCAUUCUUCUAGAGAUGUUCUCAGGAAUCAAACUGAAGGAAACUGUGAGGUCUCAGGAAUGGAAGGAUAACAGUUCUGCAAUAGUAGACCAUAUCUUUUCAAGCAAUGCUGUGGUUUACCCGGCUAUCCCUGUUUUUCAUUUGAGAGAUCUGAUCAAAAGUAUGCUUCACAAUGACCCUAAACUGAGAAGCACAGCUGAGUCAGCAUUAAUCAACCCUUUCUUCAGCAUUCCCUUUGCACCUCAUAUUGAAGAUUUGGUUCUUUUGCCUACACCUGUCUUGAGACUUCUAAACGUAAUAGACGACAACCACCUGUAUAAUGAGGAUGAGUAUGAAGAUAUAAUAGAGGACAUGAAAGAAGAAUGUCAGAAGUAUGGCACGGUUGUAUCGUUACUGAUCCCAAAAGAGAAUCCUGGCAAGGGACAGGUGUUUGUGGAGUAUGCAAAUGCUGGAGACUCCAAAGAAGCCCAGAGACUGCUGACAGGCCGAACGUUUGAUGGCAAGUUUGUGGUCACUACGUUUUAUCCACUGAGUGCCUAUAAGAGAGGUUACUUAUACCAAACUGUGCAGUAAGGCUGCACACACACCUUCAUACAAAAGAUGUAAAUUACAAUCAUGUGACUGGUUUUAAACCCUCGAUCUGUGUAUUAAUCUGUUGUGCUACCUUUAAUAUUUACUGGUGUUACUAAGAGCAACAACAUUGUGAAUAUAGGCACACAUGCAGUUUAACUUGAGUGUAACAGAAGAAAAGUUUUAGUGCCUGCUUCCUACUUCCUUUUUUUUACUAAGUGAUCACAGCAUAAUAAGAGAAUUAUAUUUACUGUGUGAUAGCUGGUUGCCAGACAUUCGAUAUGUAUGCUUCCAUACUUUGUCAUUUAGAUUAUAAAAAAAAAAUGUUUGCAGUGGGAUUGAUGCACUGCUUUGGUUUACACUGCCUUCUAAUCAACAGAUCACUUCAGAGACUAGGUUUACAUGCUCUUUGAAUGUCUACGAUUCUAAAAAUUUGUAGUUUAUGUGGCCUGUUUUCUUCCAUUCUUUUUUCUGUUGUUAGGUUUGGUGAAGGUAUGUAGGCAUUUCCAGUAAUUAUGCACAUAUUUAUAAACUACUGGCAAAAUACACUGGCCUGCAUGCACUGUAGCAUGGUUAACAUUUAUGUCAUACUUCACCAUGAAAGCUGUUUAACCAUAUUUAAACUGAAGAUGGAAAUCUGCAGAGAGAGCACAAAUACGACAGAGCGGGUAGCCUUGUGCUAAAUAUCAUUAUUAAAUGACUUUUUAUUUUAUUUUAUUAUUUGCUUGCGACUCCAUGUCUAACACAAAAACCACACUCUGUCUCAUCCAAAACCUCUCUGGAUAUGUUUAUUGAACAAUAUACUUUCAUCAAGUAUAUUGUUAAGUAUAAAUUGUGUCUGAAAACUCAUCAAAAACAUUUCAAGUGGUUUUCUUCGGAAAAUACUUGUGUUAAAUGUGUGGUACUGUAUGUUGUGCAAAGCAAUGUGACUCAUAGCUUCAUAGCACACAAAUGUGAAGAUGUCAGGAGCAAAUAUUCUACUCUGUAUGUUCAUUAAGCUGGACUGCCCUGACACAUUGAUAAAUAAUGCUGUUAAAGUGAGAAUCACUUACUUUACCAUACAGAUACAGUAACAAAUAAGUUUCAGAAAGGCUUUUACCUUUUAUUAAAGCUGAAAUGCUUUUCUACAGACACGUUCAAGUCAGUUGUAUCAGCUAUUUGAAUGGAUUUUACUAUCUGUACAAUAAUGGUGAGUGAUUUUGAAGUCGUAACAUUAUUUAAAGGCUUUUCCAGUUGUGAUAGGUAUAGGUAUAUUCCUGGUGUCAUAGUGUUUUCCAAUCAGUUUGUCUGUGAUUGCAUGAUGUGGAGUCUUUAAUAGCACUACAGAGCUUUUUGACAAUUAAGACUGUUCUCAUUUACUUCAUGAAUAUCAUCUGAUUGUUUGUCAGUCAUCCAGGUUGAUUGUUUUUCUUUCUACUGUCCAAUGAAUGUCAUAAAGUCAGUUUUCUUUGUCCUGCAGUCUAGAAACAUGAUAUUCACUUCCAGGGCAGUGAGCUCUAAUAUGAUAAGUGUACAAGACAGUGUGAGGAAAGAACAGUUGAAGUUUCAACUUAAAAAAUCCUCCUUUUUUUUUUUACUCUCUAGAUGGGGUGUGGAUUAGAUGGCAUUGUGGCCAAUAUUUAUUUUUUUUGUCUUUAUGGGAAUGUUUUAGCAGUGUAAUCAUAAGAAAAGGGCACUUUGGUUGAACUGAAUGAUAAGCAUUUUCUGAGUGUGUGUCAUUCCAGAUCUGGGCAAUUUACUUAAAUUCUUGCUCCGAGCAUUGGAAAGAAAGUGUGAUAGAUCUAGAUUUUGUACACUUUUAUGUAUCUCUCUCCCUCUCACUCUUGCACAUUAAUAGUGAUGACAUUUGAGAGAAUUAUGGAGAUGGUGAGCAGGAGAUCUUUUAGUAUCCUGCCCAUAUGAAUCUGGUCUGCUGCCACUGGAAAAUGCGAUUCUUGGAUAGAAAGAUUCAGUUGCUAAACCAUUUGAGCUUGUCUGUGUGAAAUGCACUAGGCAUUGGAUUGUGCUACUAAUUGUAGGUGUUACAUGUUUUGAUAAACUUUCCAAAUAUAAAGAGAGAACCUGUAUGAGCUCAGAUGAAUGAAUGAAGUAGCCUUGGCAACUGAUUUACAGUCAGGAGACUUUGUUUUAUUCCUUUUCCUGUUUGAGCCACCUACAGUGAACAAAUAAUUGGCUUUUAGGAUAUUGAAUAACAGCAUACAUAGGCUAUAUUUACUCAGAAACAAGAAUCGUUACAAAAUUGAUAUAAGGAUGAAACUAUGUAGUUUUUAUGUGAAUACUGUAGGUCUAAUGUGAGUCAAGGAAAAUUGCUCUUAUGCAUCAGAACAUUAAUGAGAAGAUUCCACUUUGACAAUCCAGUUUGAUGUCGAUGUGAAACCUUCUUAAAUUGAUGAUGAACAGAUUCAGAUUCAUAUAAGUGAAUUUUACAUAAAUGUGACAAUAAUCAAUCUAUGAGCCAUCCAUACUUUCAUUUAGCCUGUUAUUAAUAUAAAUCCACAAUAAAAUUUAAAAUUGAUCAACAACUUUUUCCUCAAGCAAUAUCAUCAAAGCUGCUCAAAUAGAGCCCAGAGUCCCUUCUAACACUUUUGAAAAGCACAAAAGAUUUCUUCUCAUGAUUAACUACUGCAUAUAACCUAAGAUAUGUAUCUGUCAGGGAUCAUUUCAUGCUGCCUUAAUUAUUAUUAUUUUUUGUAUGCUGUAAUAAUGUCACAGUGACUGUGAGAAAAGUGCCAAAAUUGUUUCAAAACCGCCUUUUUUCCUCCCCGCCAGCAACCCUGGAGAAAUACCCAAGACUGCAGGGAAGCCAUAUAUAUACGAUUAUCUUGAAAUACAUUUAGCCUAAAUGCUUUUACAUGUGCCCAGAAACAUUAAAAUCUGUUCCAGUUGGAUGCCAGAGAUCAUAUGAACAGUAAAGCACACCGCUGGAGUUUGGCUGGCCUUUGUGUUUGUGCAGUGAGUAAUGAACAUCCCAAGAGAAAACACUGUAGGGUGUAACCACAGAUAGACAUGGGAGUGAAAUGCUCUUUGGGCCUUAAUAACUCGAGAGAAAGGUUGGAGAACUAAAUGGCAUCUUGAAUGGUGAGAAAGAUUUUGAGUUGGUGAUUAGAACGAGCAUACUAAAAUUCUAGUCAGGAAUAGAGAAAAUGCACGCAAACAUCCUUCAUAUUUAUGAUCAUAAUUUCCUUUGCAACCCUCUUUAAAAAUGCAUUGGCUGCUUUAUUGGUUUCAAUAUUGCAAUAAAGAAACUUAAGUCAUACAUAUCACACAUAUCUCUUAGCGUGCAUAUGACCUUUGAAGGAAAGUAGUAAGAAAUCACCUGACAGUACAGUCAUUUAAAGUGAACUUAUAAGACAGUAAGGUGAUAAGAUGACAUGAAUCAUGUGUAGAUUAUAAAAUAUAAGGGUUAUACGUCAGAAACUGAAUAUGUGGUUUUGCUAAGUUGGAAAAACAAUCAAGAAAGUCCUGUAUUAUGAAAUUAGUCAGCUUUUUUGUAUUGCAUUGGGUUAAAGGAUCAGAGGUUUAGACGAUUCUUCAAAUCACUUGUUAACCUGACAGCAGAGUAAACAGACAACAGAAGUGAGUUCAUGUGUGAUCUACUGUUUGUAGUGAAAAGUCAUGGUAACAUGCUGACUUCUCAAAAGCAUAUAAUGCAUGUAGUGGGCUACCAUGAUCAAAAGGCUUGUAGAAAUAGUGUUUACAGUACAUUUGUGGUACACAAGUGCAUUACGGUGCUUGAAAUGCAGGGUUUAUAGUAUCAAAGCAGUAAGUAACAAUUGUGAUGAAAUGUCUCUCAUUGUUUUGUAUGCAGAUUCUAUUUAUGAUGCUUCCCUUUAAAACAUGCUUUUCAUAUUGAAUCUUUCAUUGUUACUGAAAAUACAGAUUUACAACUGUGAAAAUUCCCUCCAAAGCAUUUAAAAACAUGUCUCACAAGUCCAGUCCAAAGGAUAUUCUUCGAUAGAUUAUGUAAAUCUAGUAUGGUAAAGUCUAUAAUUUGAUAACAGGAGAAUAAAAUGAGUAUAUUUAAUAGUUAAGGUAAAUAAUAAUUGAAUUUUGCGUUGGAGGUGUGGUGCAGGUGGCCUACAUUACCAUUAUUUUACUCCAUAUUCAGACAAUCGUGUUCUUGAAUAACCUUCCUCAUUUCAGUCUUAUGUGAUUGGGCAAAAGAUCAUUCUUUCUGAAGCUCUGCCUUAAAGUCCACAUAAUAUGUGGCAGGGAAAACAAACCUAAACUUGAAUUGAACAUGCUACAAAGUAUAAAAAUGAUCUUAACAUUGAGUGUGAGGAUGAGUGUUUUCUGUACUAGCGUAAAAAAGAUGUUGUAUAUGUAAUUUGUAAAAUGUAAGUUGAGCAGAUGAUCAUCUACUAAGGAUCAUGGGAGACUGUGACUUGAGAGCUCUCGAUAGAAUGAAUAAUGUUCAUGUUUCUCACAAUAAAAAUGUUAAUGUCUGUA